AAUUGGUGUCCUUCUAGACCUUAAGAUUGCAUCCAUUAAUGUUAAAGUGAAGCCUGAUACCGAAGUUAAAAGGGCAGAAUUUGAAAUUGAAAGGGAAAAUAUUGAGCAACUUGACCUUCAAAAGGAAGGAUGUAAUUAUAAUAUGAGGAGAUUACAGCUUUGGCGUAUGUAA